UCAGCAGCCCUAGGCUAGUCGGCCACUUUCCUAGGUGGCCACGGGGAGGCAGGGCGCCGGCCAGAUGUGGGGCGGAAGGACGGGGACCUUGCUCCGGGUGUCGGGGUUGUGGCCCACAGGGGUCCUCCGGAGGAGACCGCUAAACUGCAAUGCUGCCUCGCUGGCAGGAAGCAACUCCCUCCGGUGCUGGAACUGCGGCGGCCUAGGGGGCCCCUUGCGGGGGGACCGGUUCUUCUGCCCUCAGUGCCGCGCGCUGCAACCACCUGACCCCACUCAAGACUACUUCAGCCUCAUGGACUGCAACCGCUCGUUCAGAGUGGACACUGCGAAGCUCCAGCAUAGGUACCAGCAACUGCAGCGUCUUGUCCACCCAGAUUUCUUCAGCCAGAAGUCUCAGACUGAAAAGGACUUCUCAGAGAAGCAUUCAACCCUGGUGAAUGAUGCCUAUAAGACCCUUCUGGCCCCCCUGAGCAGGGGACUAUACCUUCUAAAGCUCCGUGGAGUAGAGAUUCCCGAAGGGACAGAUUAUGAAAUGGACAGUCAAUUCCUCAUGGAAAUAAUGGAAAUCAAUGAAAAACUUGCAGAAGCUCAAAGUGAAACUGCCAUGAAAGAGAUUGAAUCUAUUGUCAGAGCUAAACAGAAAGAAUUGACUGACAGUGUGAGCAGAGCUUUUGAAGGAGGACUAGCUGAGCCAGCCGUUGAGACCUGGUAGUAGAGGAUAUUUGCUGGAUGACAUGAGCAGUCACACAUUAUAUGAGUAGCAUCUCUAUGGAAACAAAAAGAAAACCAAGGAUUAAUGGUUGAAACAGACUAUAAGCCCAGUCUCCGAGUCUAGAGGGCAACCACUGGAGAAGACACUGGACGCUUAAGCAUCUUUAAGUGGUGGCAUGAGGAGAGCAGGGGCAGUCUGAUGCACUUCCUGGGUGGCAGUCCGAAUGUGGUGAUGGCAGAGACAUCAGCAUCGCAGUCAUGGUUUUCUCCCAGAGCACAGCGCAGAAGAGGGUGUUGUAGUGGGCUUUCUGAGCGCCCUUUGUGGCAGCAACUCCAAGCUCAAAGGUUACCCACCCGUGAUUUGUUGUGGUGACGAGUUCUGUGAAGUUUCUAUCAAGUCAUCCAGCUUCUGCCUGCAGGACUUUUCCAGAUCCUGGAGGAAAGGGGCUAUGAGACAGCCUGAGUCCCAGCAAGCAUCUGGGCAACCAGGUUCUAGUCUUGGUGACACCAGGUCAGGAGGGAGGGAAAUUGGAAACAUCAGUUUGGAAAACUAGCAUGAUAUUGAAGGAAACUAGAACUGAGGAUUCGGUAAGGACUGACAAAACGUGUAAGAUUGGCGGGAUCGAGUUCAGUUUACAGGUAGAUAAUAAAACCACAAAGACAGUGAACAGAAGUGGACUCUGAUAAUCCACAAGGAUGUGUUAUGCUUUUCCAAUGGAACAUAAAAUUUCUCUCCAUAGUCAACACCACCCCCUUCAACCAAAGAUAAAGUAAGAUUGUUCCUGUUUCCAAAAUAAUUUUAGUUUCAUUAAAUUUGGCCUGAUUAUUUACUUAAGUGUAGCAAGAAUGGUAAUCGACCAUAAAGGCCUUUUUAAGCUUUCUUAAUGGAACUUUUUACAGGCAUCACUAGUUCGAUUGCACUUUGCAAAUACUGCAUUGUUUUACACGUUGAAGUUUUGUGGCAAUCCUGCGUCGUCAGCUGAUGGUUAGCAUUUUUUCCGCAAUAAAAUAUUUUUAAAUUAAA